AUGAACAACACAACAAACAAGAAUCAGAAAAUCACCCCGACUGAUGCAUCGGAUGAUGAUGAAAAUGAAGAAAUUUUGGGAUUCAGUCCUGAAUACGACAUCUUUCCUCUAGUCUUGGCAAUUGUGAUCGUGGUUUGUAAUACAAUGGUGUUACGUCUGAUUAUAGGAGUGAAAUCUCUACGAACAGUUGCAAACUUUAUCCUUGGAAGUUUGGCUUUUUCCGACUUGCUCAGUGGAGUGCCAGGAAUACCGCUAUAUUUAGCGUGCAGUGCCGUUCAGACUACAAUAAUAUGCGCUAUCACUCAAGUACUUACAAGGUUCUUCUCCAUUUCAGUUGUAUUACAUCUUAUCUUAGUGUCCAUUGACCGUUAUGUUGCUGUUACACGCGCUAUGCGUUACCGCUCCUUAGUUACGAAACGAAAAGCGAUCUUUUUGCUGUUCUUUGGGUGGACUGCAGCUGCAUUCGUCGCGCUGAUUCAGCUGUCAUGGGUUGGUUUAGAUGUUGAUGUUAAUGAAAAAUUCGAUGCUUUCACCAAAAAGAGGAGUAUCAUCUACGACUUUGUUUGUAUCGCCCUGUUUUUUAUCCUACCGCUUAUAGCCAUGGCAUUCUGCUACUGGAAAAUAUUUAUUGCUUUAAAGGAACAGCUGCGCGCAAUAAAAAAGAACAUCCCAGCAUCCAUGCCUAGUUAUCACUCGAACAAGCAAGAAAGGCGCGCUGCUCUAACCUUCAUCGGGAUGAUCGCCGUUUACAUCUUUUGCUGGCUUCCCUUUUUCAUGAUCAAUCUCCAGCACCAAUUAGGCGACGAAUUUUUCACUCUUCCCAUUUCCGUUGAAUAUGCGCUAUUUUACUACCCGAGGUUUCUUAACUCUGCUUUGAAUCCAUUACUUUACGUAGCUUUCAAGCAUGACUUUCGGCAAGCAGUCCAAAAGCUACGAGGGAAAAAACAAGGAAAGAAAAGAUCUUCCACACUAAGUUUACAGAAUACUAUUGGGAGAAGCUUUCCAGCAGCGUCAAGUCUCCGUAGCGUUCGAACACCUAGCUAUUAA